GGUGGCAAGAUGCGCAUCGCAUCCGUUGGAACCUGGAGCAUUGGCUCUAGGAUAGAUUGGGUUACUGGUGUUAAUAGUUAUCAGAGUCGUAGAAAUUUGAUGGGCUUACCGCUCUGGUCGAUUAUUUCGACACUGGAAGCUCCACGCAAUGUAACAUUGGGGGAAUAUCUCGAAUCCUUGGAUCCACCCGUAAGAUAUUCUUCAGAUCGUUUUGGUUACCAGAUAAGUAAAUUGUUAAGCCGUCAACUUAAUUUUAGAUUGAAAAUAAUUCAUGCGAAAGGAUGGUCACUUAAUGCCAUCGGGACCAACUCAUCUAGCGGUGUAAUAGGACAAAUUCAACAGAAUCUGGUGGAUUUUUCAAGCACGCCCUUGGUGCUAGAUACAAAUCGUGUGAACUCCUUCGAACAGACGGUUCCUUUAACGGCAAUCAAGUUUCUGACCUAUUUUCGACAUCCGCGAAAGCACAGAUCUGGAAAUAUGAUACUGCAACCGUUUCAUGGCUUGGUUUGGACAUCGGUUAUAAUAAUUUUACUAGUUUCUGCCAUCACACUGAUGGUGGCACUUUGCGUGCAACGCAGAGUGGAAGCCGUCACCAACUUCCAAAUCUCGCUGGCAGUUCUUGGGUUGCUCUGUCAGCAGGGAUAUUCUGAGAAUACAUCGAUUGUUUCUUCUCGUAUCGUGAUAAUAACGGCAAUUCUAUUUUCCCUUAUAAUCUAUCAAUUUUAUACGACAACCAUCAUCAGCUCUUUGCUGGUUCCUCCUCCGAAAUAUAUUCGGACGGCGGAACAAUUACUAGCCAGUGACCUUAAGUAUUCUAUUGAAGAUAUCUACUAUAAUCGUCAUUAUUUCAAUGUAUCUUUCUGUACAUGCUUACAUUUUAGAUUUGAUUUAAUUUGCUUACAUUCUUUUCAGACAACAAAGAAAACUACCGACAUUCAGCUGUACAGGCAGAAGGUUCUCCCGAAUAAGUUAGGGUUUGUCAAUGCCACCACUGGAAUUGCAUUGGUUAAACAGGGAGGAUACGCUUUUCUGUGCGACACAUCCUAUGGAAAUGCGUUUAUCGCGGAUACGUUUGACCAACGAGAAAUUUGUGAACUACAGGAAAUAGCAUUGUUUUCAUUUCGCUGGGUACACCUUGUCGUACCUAAGGGUAGUCCCCUGAGGGAACUGUUCCGAGUAACGUUAAGACACCUGCAAGAGACAGGCCUGUCGGAGUACUAUCGAAAAAAGUUCCUGCUCGAGAGACCACGAUGUGUGGGGAAGAAUUUGGCAUAUACUCCGAUUGGCUCUGCUGAUAUAGUUGGGUUCUAUUGGUUGAUGGUUGCAGGCAUUAUGAUAAGUUUUACAGUAUUGCUUGUAGAGUUGAUAGAAUUUAGACUACGGGAGCAUUUGGAGAGAAAGCUUCAAACGGGCCGUUAUCCGGUGUGGCUAAAUUGAUCAAUUUUCUUGUAAUAUAUCAUGAACUUAGCAGCAUACAUUCACUAAAAUAAAUGAUAAAAUAAAUUAGAUGAAAAGAUGAAAGUAGAGGCCUCACAGUGAUGCUUGAUGGUCAAGGAUUUUGCGUUAGUUUGCCGGGGCCAAUUUACUUCCUUGACCUUGAGUCUGUAUUUGGUUAUCAUGUUCAAUGACAUUAAGUUAUAAAUGUCUUUGCUUGUUUUAAAUUUUAAAAUUCUUUGAACUAGGCCUUUAUUACGGGAAUCACUUCACAGUGAAAACGAAGUGAAGUGAACAACACCCUAUUCUGGGAGUCACCUUCGUGAUAAAAUGUGUAAGAGUUCAUCUGAAGUGACAACUUGAAUGAACUCGGUGUUAUUAUGAACGUCACAUCACGAUCACUUUGUCGAAAAAAUGACAGUUCCCGUGUAUUUUUUUCAUCGUAGAUUUCGAAUGUGUCACGCAAAAUGGAGAUGUUCAAAUUUCAAUACUUUUUUGCUUUUUAGUAAUAUUUUUAAAAUUUCAUUCUUGUGUAGGAAGAAAAAGACGAAUAAGCGACAAUUUGCCUGUCUCGUGGCCUUUAUGGACAAAAAUCCCGAAAUAGCCAGAGGAAGUAAAUUUGGUGGACACUGACGGACUCCCUGAACAGUUUGGGUCCUCCCACUCGUUCCGUUGCAGCAUGGCAAAAGGUAGGUUGGCUUGUUGCUUUCAGUUGU